AUGGGUUUUGCGUGCUUCAGCUCUUCACAACAUUGCAGAGGACAAGACUGGAGUGGCAAAAGUUUCUGCACAGGUUUCCUACUGCUCCUCAUUGCUGGUGCAGACUGCUGGCACUGGGGAUCUGAUCCUUCGUGCCCAGAAGGUCCAGCGCCUCAGUGCCCCAUCAAUCCUGUAACGGAUUUCGAGAACUACUUUCCUCACCCAACCGACUGUCACUACUACAUCCAGUGCGAUGGCAGCAGAAAGCCCAUAUGCAGACCCUGUGCUCCGACAACGUACUUCAGUCCUAGGAUACUGAAUUGCGUGUGGCCCCUGGACGCUGCCUGCGAGCACAACGCCACAACCAGAGCAGAGAGCCUGCUUCCGCCGAUAUGUGGGCCGAACAGGUGUGACACAGGGCUCAAGAAGGCGGACUAUUCCGACUGCACGCACUUUUUCGUGUGCAACGGAACGUUUGAAGAGAGAAGACAAUGUCCGAAUGGUCAACAUUUUAAUGCGAGAAAGAGAGACUGCGAUGACCAAUGUACUGCAGGUUGCGAGAAUCCUUGUAGAAUCCCGGAGUGCAGGCGCAACUGUAAAUGCGACGAGAACAUGCCUCCAAGGGCAGAUCCUGAAGACUGUACAAUCUGUGAAGUGUGCAGAGGUGGGCAGUUAGUGAAACACACAUGUCCACCUACAGUACAAACACACUGUGGAAUUUGCGAGCGUAGCGAAGACCCUACAAAUUGUCAAAGAUAUUAUGACAGUUGCACUAAAGGCUGGGCACAGUGUGAAGGAAACCUCCAUUUCAACCCAGUAACGAAAACGUGUGACGAUCCCUGUACAGCAGGCUGUAAGAACCCUUGUGAAAUUCGGGGCUGUUUCUGCCCAUGUGACGAGAACAUGCCUCUGAGAGUAGACCCUGAAGACUGUACAAUUUGUGAAGUGUGCAGAAGUGGGCAGUUAGUGAAAGACACAUGUCCACCUACAGUACAAACACACUGUGGAAUUUGCGAGCGUAGCGAAGACCCUACAAAUUGCCAAAUGUAUUAUGACAGUUGCAUUAAAAGUUGGGCACAGUGUGAAGGAAACCUCCAUUUCAACCCAGUAACGAAAACGUGUGACGAUCCGUGUACAGCAGGCUGCAGGAACCCUUGUGAAAUACGAGGCUGUUUCUGCCCAUGUGACGAGAACAUGCCUCUGAGAGUAGACCCUGAAGACUGUACAAUUUGUGAAGUAUGCAGAAGUGGGCAAAUUGUAAAGGAUGUAUGCCCCCCUAGCAAUAAAAAGAACUGUAUACAAAAUAAAUGUUGUGAUCUUACGAGGCAUGACACAGAUUGCCAGCUAUACUAUAACCACUGCAGUCUGUCGUGGUCUCACUGCCCCGGAGAUCUUCACUUUAAUGAGGCGACUCACACCUGUGAUCACCCUUGUAACGCAGGCUGCAAGGACCGAGGAGAUAUCAAAGAGUGCUGUGAAACAGAAGGUGAGGUGUUUGAAGACCCAUGUAGUUGUGACAUGUAUUAUAUUUGCACGGCUGGGAUUAAAGUGCUUGCUGCAUGUGAUAAUGGGCAAGAGUACAAUAGCACUUUACGCCGUUGCGAUAGCUCAUGUAGCGUUGGCUGUCCCAAACUCUUUCCAGGGAAACCAGAAUGUUGCGCAGCGACAGGUGGCAAGCCAGAACCAUCAUGUCCCUCGACUGUAUAUCCAAUAUUCUUGCCGCAUCCAAGUAACAGUCAGUUUUUCUAUGAGUGUUUAAACGGCGUUCGAUCGUGUAAACGUUGCCCUUUGCAAUGUCGCUGGAAUACUGACAUGGACAUCUGUGAGGAAUUGUCUUGUCUUCAACAAGAAAACCAGUUCCAAUCAUAUGGCGCUCCGACCAAAAUAUCAUUUCACUGAUAUCUUACUAUUUUUUUAGUGUGUCUGUUGUCUUCUGCUGGACUAUAUAUUAAUUUUAGGUACGUAUUGAUCUUUUCCUCGUUUCACCAACAGAUAAUCCCACAACAGGGAUAGUAGUAUAAACGGGCGCGAUGACAUGAAACCUUCAAAAUUUGCCAAAAAUUGGAACCUUCGUCGGUUUGAAAUAGAAGUAAAAUUUCAUCAGAAACCACAAAAUGUUAUUUUUAAUGAAAUUAAUGUUUUUUUUUUCAUUUCAUACAAUACUCAAUAGUUGAACGAAUACAUGAAUAUAUAUGAAAAUGAGGAGAAAUAAAUGAGGUAAUUAAAUUUUAAUAUCUAAAUAUGAUCUUAUAAACAUAGUAGAAUGCAAAGAAUUUUAACAAGAGUAGGCCUAAAUUAAAAAAAAAUUUAACCAAAAUAUAUGCAUAAUAAGGCAUCACAUCGCUUUUAAAAUAGAUACCAACCUGUAGGCCACUAAAAUAUGUUUGCUUUUUUCAUACAGAAUCAGCAUCGAUGAGUUUGAUAGCUUAUUAACUUAAGUGCUAGGGCGGCGCCGCUAUAGCUCAAGCGGUUAGUCGCUGGCUUCCCAUCGCAGCGGCCCAGGUUCGAUCCAGGGUCUGGUCAAGUGGGA